AGCGGCUCCCCUUCCGUUUCCCGGGGCAGAAGAUGGCGGCGGCGGUGCGCGUGGAGGAGCUGCUGGCGGCGGCGGCGCCGGGCGAGCGGGAGGCGCCCAGCUCCGUGUCGGUGGAGAAGGAGCUGGAGCUGGAGUUCGACCUGGGCAACCUGCUGGCGCUCGACCCCAACCCUCCGCCGGCAGCGGGGCUGCGCGGGGCCGGGCCGCGGCGGGAGGCGGCGCUGCGGGCGCUGGCCCGGGACAACGCGCAGCUGCUGGUGGCGCAGCUCUGGGCGCUGCCGGCCGAGCGGGCCGGGGGGGCGGCGGGGCCGCUGGUGGCCAGCCUGCCCGAGCCCUCCUGCCGCCUGCCCCGCGAGAAGCCGCCGCCGAAGCCGCGGCCGCCCACCCGCUGGGAGCAGUUCGCCCGCCUCAAGGGCAUCCGGCGGCGCAAGCGGACCUCGCUGGUGUGGGACGAGCAGGCCAAGGAGUGGCGGAGGCGCUGGGGGUACCGGCGGGCGGGGGGAGACCCGGCCCGCUCCUGGCUGCUGGAGGUGCCGGAGGGCGCCGACCCGGAGGAGGACCAGUUCGCCAAGAAGCGGCAGGAGAAGCGGGAGCGGGUGGCCCGCAACGAGUUCAACCGCCUGCGCAACCUGGCCCGCGCUCACCGUGCUUCCACUGCAAUCCCAGCCCCGCCGCUGCACCCCACCGGCCACCAGAGCCGCCAGGAGCUGGGCCUGGCUGCCCGUGUCGCCCGCGUCUCCACCGCCUCGCUCGGCCGCUUCCAGCCCCGGCUGCCCAAGGAGCCGGUGGAGCUGCCCCCGCGAGGCCGCUGCAGCAAGAAGCGGCGCUUCGAGCCGGUACUGGGCGACCUGGCAGCCGAGCGUGGGCGGCAGCUGGAGCUGCUGAAGGCCAUGAACAGCAAGAAGCCGGCCCUCGACAUCACCCGCGCCGUCAACAAGCAGCUCCGCGAGGAGGACGCUGAGGCGGCCGCCGCCAAGGGCAAGAAGCAGAAGCAGCGUGGGAAGCGGGGUCGCCGGCAGCAGCAGCGGCCUGCCCGUGGGGGCAGGAAGAGCGGGGCCCGGCGGCAGCAGCGCCCUGCAGGUGGCAACGUCACAGGUGGCAAGAGAAAGAAGGCUUGAGGCAGGGACUGCGGGACUGUGUGUGUGUGUCACAUGCUGGGGGUGCCUGCUGAGGGGCAUGAAGGGACUGCUGGUGCCGGCCGCCUGCUCUGCAUGCUGCUCCCACACCUCAUUGUCAAUAAACGUGGUCUGUUUUUUUCUAAA